GGCUGCUGGAGAAAGAUUAUUGUGGAUGACACUAUGCCUUUCAAUGAAGAGGAUAAUUUGUUACUGCCAGCAACAACCGAACAAACUGAACUUUGGUCAAUGUUGCUAUCCAAAGCUAUCAUUAAGCUGGCAAAUACUAGUAUACAUGAAACUGGAAAAAGAGAGCUGGAGGAAUUUACAGUUCUACAUACACUGACUGGAUGGAUACCAGAAGUUAUUCCUCUCAAGCCUGGAUACUUGGACAAAGUCUGGGGCUUUCUGAAAGCGAUUGUGCCAGAAUUCAAGUUGCCAAAUAAGAAAACUCCAGAACUUGGUAUUCCUCAGUCAGAUACAAAACCUAGAGAGACCAAAGUCUCAGAGUUAAAAAAUGAAGUUUCAUCUGUGAAUAAGCUGUCUGAUAAACCUGAGAAAGCUGAUAAAAUUAGCAAAGAAAAAGCAGGGCAGAGAGAAAUCGGAAAGAAAAGCAGAGAAGGAGAAAAAGAGAAAAACAAGCUACCAGUUCAGUCUUCACAAAUGUUGGCAGAAGCCCAAUAUUGUCUUCAGGCCUUAACUGAAAAAUCUUCUGUGGCAACCCAGCCAGAAAUGGUCGUGUAUGCUGGCUGUAUACCACUACAUUUGUUUGAAGAGGAUAUUUUUUCAUUAGGGCGGAUGGCUGAUUCCUCAGAGAAGCUGAGGCAAUAUGGACUUUCCCACAUAUAUAGCCAUCCUGUCCUGAUUACUAGAACUAGGUCCUGUCCUCUGGUAGCACCUCCACAAUCCCCACUAGUUCCUUGUUGGAAGCUUUUCCGUCAGAAAAAGGAAACUGUUGCAACAUCUGAACCUCAAGAGCCUGUGGUAACAAAACCUGAAGAAUAUGUUGAGAUUGCUAGCCUGUUUUUGAAUUACAAAUUGAAUCUUAUCACAAUACCCACAAACAUCCAUUUUCCACAGUCUACCAUCAAAAAAGGAUUUCAUUCCAUAUCCUGUCUCCCUUCUGUUACUGAAAGUGAUGAAAAUGUGAGUUACUGUAAUGUGGAAAUGAAUCCAAGUGGGAGACACUCAAAUGCAGAAGAUUAUUCUCAGGAGACCACUCUCUUCCGGCAGCAAAAUGCAGAGAGAUCCAGUAAAGAAGAAUUACAUGAAAAUACCAGUUUUGAUGCAAAACGAAUGUCAGAAACAGCUGAUACUGAUAUGAACAGCCAGAUGGGGGAUAAAUCAAAAGAAGAAAUCGAGUCAGAAAGGACUUCUGUUUCCAGGGAAACUUGGAUUAGCUUUGAAGACUUCUGUGUUUGUUUCCAGAACCUGUAUGUUUUCCACAAGCCACAUACAUAUGCUUACAACUAUCAGAAGACAGAUUUUAAGUCUACUGAUGCUCGAGUCUUCUACUAUUUACUUGUGGACAGUCUGAUGCCCAUUGAAAUCCUGGUUAGCUUUUCUGCAUUAGUACACUGGGAUGAUACUGGAGGUACUAAACAAGCACGUUCUAGUAUUUCAAAGGGUGUGCUGAUGGUUGAACGUUUCUCUUGGAAAUGUCUGACUCCCAGAGAACUUGUGUUAAAGAUGCAUACAUCCGCAACCAAAGCUACUGUGUUAAAUCUUCCUGUUGGACGACAUAUAUUGCUCUUCUCAGUAAGCUCUCCCAUAGGGCACCAUAUUCAUCUGUGUAGCAUGGUGCCAUGCGUCUUUGGAGAUGAGGAUACUGUGAUGCCAGCUCUUGAAAAGGAGAGCUACCGGUUUAUAGAACAGGCUACAACUAUCCUGAAAGCUGUUGGAAAUGUGAUAAAUAAUUUCAGCAGUGAGCCUGAACUUUCUAAAGCCUUGAAGGAGUUGCAACUAACUCACUGUCCUCCUGGCCUCCGCGGUACGGGAAUGGUUGAAGAACACUUCAAGGUUUUCAAUAGUGCAUUUUGGUAUUUGAUCAAAUAUGUAUUAGGCAAGAAGGCUCCUUACAGCUAUAAAUUUGCCUUCAGGUCCUUCACUUUGGAUUUUAAAGGGUCUGAGGUUUCUGAGGAUGACACUGUGUCUUCAGAGAGUUGUGAGAACAAUUCCCUUAGUCGUUGGCAGAACCGAACUUCCGCUUCUGAAGAAGAAGCAGCAGCUCUUAAACUUCAAGCCAUCUGGAGAGGGACCUAUGUUAGGAAAGUACUGAACAGCAGAAAACCAG